ACCUGCCACUAUUUUAGUUUGAAAGACAGAGUGAGCAGUUUGGGGAAGGCCCUUGUUGCACCACCAUAAAUGCAUGAGCACCAACCUGAACUGAGGUUUUUUCCAGGUAAUCACAUAGUUAAAUGAAUGUGUGUAUCUUUAUUUCUAACUGUUUAUUUGUUCCUGCUUUCAUUGUUGGGAAAAAGCCCAGCUACUCUGUCAGUAUUAUUUGGCUUUGUUUGAGAAUUGUUGAUGUUUUAGACAAAAUAAAGAUUACCAUCAUUAACUAGCACAGAGAGACUAUCAAGGUUUUUUUAUUUAUUUCUUUCUUUUCUUGUACUAGUUAAAGAUCUUCUAGAGUUAAGAGAAUCCUUACCAAAAGAAACAGAAAGCAGGCAAAAUCACUGUAAAAAUGUCACACAGUAACCUUUCUCUCUUUGAAGGUACAGGGAAAGGGUGGUGAAGAGGGGGAAGGCCUGGAGAGAAAGAUUUAACUUCAUUACAAGAGACUGAUUAUUUUUGUGAGGUCUUUAUGCCUUGUCUCAGGUGGAACUUGCAGUAGUUUUACUGUGAACUUGAUCCAAGCGUGGAAUUUCGAGAUUUGGUGUUGGAGCUUGAAUUUGAGAUAAGUCAACUACAGAAGUUAUCUUGGCUCCACUGAAAUAGGUGGUGAAAUCUCCAAUUCAGCAAGGCAUUGGCUUCAAGGACAGUGUGGAGGAUUUUCAGCUUGGAUUUGGGGUGUUGAUAUGGACUGCACUGCUGAAGUAGUUACACAUCUGUCAAUUCAUCCUAUUCAAUUUUCAGUAGAUUUCCCAAACAUAAUAACUGGAAGGAGUAUAAAUGGCUGUUCAGCUAAUUAUUUGCUGUUGGUAGCAGAUAGUAGCUCAUCUGAGCUGUGCUUGUGGCAAAGAUUGUUUUUUAAACUAGCGUGGACUAGAGUGGCAAUGAAAAGGUAUUAAUUGGGCAUUGGUUUAUAAAUCAACUGGGAAAUGAUCUGUUCAUAAAGAAGUUAUGGGACUGCAGAGUAUUUUUUCAAAAUCUCUGAAAACUACAUGCUCACAAUGACAACUAUGAAAGUGGAGUAUUCUCGAGUAGAAACAAGGUAAAAACCAUCUGAGGGACUGACUCCACGUUCCUUGGAGUAUUGUUUUGCACAAAUAACGUGCUAACAAUCUCUACUAUAGCAUACAAUAGUUUGUAGAAAUGCUUAAGAGCAUCUAAUAUCUUCUGGGCGUGUGAAUGUUUCCUUCCUAAGGAGCUGCUGAGAUCACACCUCCUGUGCACCUUUUGGGGUGAAAUCGGGACCUUUCAAAAUGUUUUAUGAAUACUGAAAUUCCCAAGGAAUUGUGUAUGUGGUGGAGCAACUUGGAGGACAGAGCCCAAAACAGGCCAUAGCCUAGUGAUGAGGAUAAUCAGUGCUGGGGAAAAUGUCUGACUGAGCCCAGCCUUUAGCCUGGGAAAUCCCAUGGGAUAAGGAAGCAUCCUGACUUUCAGGCUGAGGUUGCUCUGGAUUUUCUCUGUGUGGUUUAAAAAAGUCUGUUUCCUGACAAAAAUCUUGUCAAGAUUUUAGUAUUGCCAAGAGUGGCUCUGGAUGCAGUAGGAAAAAGCUUGUAUUGAAUAAAUUAGAAAUUCUGUGCUGAACAUGUGUGUCUGAGGGAAAUCAGACUGUAGAAAGCCACACUGGGGGUUUACACGUGUACUUGACUGUAGCUGCAUUAGCCUUUACCAUACAUACUGUUAGUUGAACUGCACAUUUCCUUUUUUUCCUGUAACAUACUAAAAUAUCACGGUAGUUUUUGGAAGUUUGAUAAGUUACCACAUUUGGCACACUCAAAUUAGUAUUUUUUUUAAUGGCGUGCGAAAGGGAAAUGUAGGAGUUGGAUAAACAUCCUAUUGUAGGUUGUCCGUGUUUUCGUGUGUGGUGUUUAUUUGCCCUUCUGUGUGUGGAGCUGGUAUUUCACAAUUGUGUGAGGAUCCUGCCUGUGCUCUUAGGUGCUCAUCUGCCAGAUCUUAAUUAUCGUGAAGAGGCAUAAUGUUAUGCCUGGCAGUUCCUGAGAGGAAGCACUUUUUGUGUUCCUUUUCUUGUUGCUGUUUUUCUGAUUCCUGAAUAGUUUCUAUUUUUUAGAGCAGUUUUUCUUAGAAAGAUCCUACAAAAUUCUUUUGAAUAUUUAAAAUUACCAAUUUUUCUCAUACUCUGUUACAUACAGAUGUCUUUGAAAUAUUGAUGAUUAAAUUCUACAGCUAAUUUCAGGCAUUGUAAAUUCAUCUUAGGAGUACUGUUCAGAUUUAGAUUCUUGGAAUGAAAACUUAUUUUUGUAUAAUUGGAAAGUUAGUGCUUGCAUAAUGAACUGUGUUACUACUUUGUUGACUCUUUUUUAGAGCACAGUUCCUGGUAGAUUUUGCAAUAGUGUAGUAGUUGCUUUUUUUGAUUACUCUGGAAAAGAAAAUAUUCAUAAGGAGUGAUUUCACAUUGUAGGAUAUAAAUACAGCAUAGUUAGUUUAUAAGUGAGUAGUUAAGUCCUUGUGUUUUACAAAGUGCAUUUUAAAAUGAAUAUUUUUUUCCUUAGUCCUGUUGUCCUGAAGUGACAUUUUUUGGAUAAUUAUGACUUUGGAGUGAGGUUUAGUUUGGAAUGAAUUUUUCAAUAUUUACCUCUUUUCCCUUGACUACUGUGUCAUUAUUCUGCAGCAUAUAAUUUUUUUACAGUAAUGAGAGGGGGAAGUAGAAAUACCUCUUAAUAGCAAUUUUUGUAUUCCAUCCAUGUAAAAAUGAAUUCCUUGAUAACAGAGGGCUUGACAUGGAGAGCAGCUUUUAAGUUAAUUAUAAGAUACAGUCUUGGUUACUUACAAGAAUCUGAAAUUCACUUUGCAGGAUACUAGAUUGCUCAAAAGAAGUAUUGACUUGAAAUUUAAGAAUAAACUAUAUGGUAAUAAGAGUUUGAGUUGAUACUCCUUUCUUACACUUGUGUGUUGCAGAGAACGCAGAUGAGGUCUGGUUGUUCCUGUGUAGGAGCUUCCUUCACUGAAUCCGAGGCUGCCUGUUGGAUAGGAACCUGAGACAGAGCUGACAGGUUGUCAUGGAUGAUGACGAUGAUGAAUCCUGUCUCCUUGAUCUUAUUGGGGACCCACAAGCGCUGAAUUAUUUUCUACAUGGACCUAGUAGUAAAUCUAGCAAUGAAGACUUGACUAAUGCAGAAUAUUCUGUAGCCAACUCAAAUUCAAUUUUCGCCAACUCCAAUAGCACUGAUCCUAAGUCGUCUGUAAAAGGUGUAAGUGGUCAGCUUGGAGAGGGGCCUAGUGAUGGACUGCAGCUGUCCAGUAGCCUUCAGUUUCUUGAAGAUGAACUCGUGUCUUCUCCUUUACCUGAUCUUACUGAGGAUCAGCCUUUUGAUAUUCUUCAGAAGUCCUUGCAGGAGGCCAAUAUUACUGAACAGACUUUGGCAGAAGAGGCAUAUUUGGAUGCCAGUGUAGGUUCUAGCCAACAGUUUGCACAAGCUCAGCUUCAUCCUUCUUCAUCAGCAUCCUUUACUCAGGCUUCUAAUGUUUCUAAUUACUCAGGUCAGACGUUGCAACCUAUAGGAGUUACUCAAGUGGUACAGCAACCUGUUGGAGCAUCUUUUGCAAGCAAUACAGUUGGUGUGCAACAUGGCUUUAUGCAACACGUUGGAAUUAGUGUUCCCGGCCAGCAUUUGUCUAAUAGCAGCCAGAUUAGUGGUUCUGGGCAGAUACAGCUUAUUGGUUCAUUUAGUAAUCAACCUUCCAUGAUGACCAUCAAUAACCUCGAUGGAUCUCAGAUCAUACUGAAAGGCAAUGGUCAGCAAACACCUGCAAACAUGAGCAGUGGCCUCUUGGUUCAUAGACAAACUCCAAAUGGGAACUCGCUGUUUAGUAACUCAAGUUCAAGUCCAGUAGCACAACCUGUAACUGUUCCAUUUAACAGCACAAAUUUUCAGACUUCGUUGCCUGUCCAUAAUAUCAUCAUUCAAAGGGGUUUGGCGCCAAACUCUAACAAAGUUCCUAUUAAUAUCCAACCAAAGCCUAUUCAGAUGGGUCAGCAGACUGCUUACAAUGUGAAUAACUUGGGAAUACAGCAACAUCAUGUACAGCAAGGGAUUCCAUUUGCUUCUGCAAAUUCACCUCAAAGUUCAGUAGUUGGUCCUCAUAUGUCUGUUAAUAUUGUUAAUCAACAACAAAAUACAAGAAAAUCAGUUACUCCUCAGACAGUUAGCAAUGCUGGAGGUAGUAUUGUUAUCCAUUCUCCUAUGGGACAGCCUCAUGUACCUCAAAACCAGUUUCUCAUACCUACAAGUUUGUCUGUUAAUUCUAAUUCAGUUCAUCAUGUCCAGGCCAUAAAUGGACAACUUCUUCAGACUCAGCCUUCCCAGCUGGUUCCUGGCCAAGUGUCUGCUGAGCAUGUAAUGCUCAACAGGAACUCUACAAACAUGCUAAGAGCCAACCAGUCGUAUUCAGGACAGAUGCUGAAUAAUCAGAACACAGCUGUUCAGCUUGUUUCAGGCCAGACAUUCACAGCUCCUGGAAACCAAGUUAUAGUAAAUCAUGGAACUUCCCAAAUUGUCGGUGGACAGGUGCCACUGCAGCAGGCGUCACCAACGGUGUUGCAUUUGUCACCCAGCCAAGCUAACGUUUCUCAAGGCAGAUCGAGUUUUACCACCAUGUCACCUGGGCAGUCCACAGUCUCAAAUAUGUCAGCUUCUAAUCGAUUUGCUGCUGCGAGUUCUUCUGGUUCAGUGCACCCCAGCCUGGGAGCAUCAGUGCAGUCUGUCGCAUCGGGAGGGAACUUCACAGGGGAUCAGCUGGUCCAGAACCGAGCUCAAGUUGCCGUCAGUGCGUCGCAUCGUCUUCCAGCAUCCUCCUCCAAGUCUGUCAGCACCUUCAGUCACACGUCUGUGGGAGUAACACAACAACAGUUUGCCUUUGGUCAGAAAAAGGCUGUGAACCAGACAUCACCAGUUUCUGCAUCGAAGACACAGGACAGUUUGAGACAGCCUCAGCUAACAAGUCUUCUGAGCAACACACUAUCAGGACAGGACUCUGGAGGAAAAAUCAUACAACAAUCUCUAGGAACAGCACAGUCACAAGAAAAAGUGAUAGGAUCAUCAUCAGUUCAGCAGAGUAUACAGGUGGAUGGUCAUUUAGUUGGACAGAAAAGGCCUGCUGCUAAACAGUUAACUAAAGGAGCUUUUAUUCUGCAGCAAUUACAGAAGGAUCAGGUACAUGCUGUGACACCAGAUAAAAGUCGGUUCAGAUCAUUAAAUGACGCAGUUCAGAGACUCCUUUCAUACCAUGUGUGCCAGGGGUCGCUGCCAACAGAAGAUGAUUUAAGAAAAGUGGACAGUGAAUUUGAAUCGGUAGCUACACAGCUUCUGAAGAGGACGCAGGCUAUGCUGAACAAAUACAGAUGUUUGCUUAUAGAAGAUGCAAUGCGGAUAAAUCCCUCUGCAGAAAUGGUUAUGAUUGAUAGGAUGUUUAACCAGGAGGAAAGAGCAUCUCUGACCCGGGAUAAGCGUCUUGCACUUGUGGAUCCUGAUGGUUAUCAGGCCGAUUUUUGUUGUUCUGCCAAACAAUUUGAGAAAACAGCUGAAGAAGCACAGUCCAGCAAAAGUGACCAUCAGUCUAGCAAAACAUUACCUUCUCGAAGUCAGACUACCAAAACCCAAGCCAGAGACCGACCAAAAUCCAGCUCAGCAGAGUCCACAAAUCACAGUAAACUUCCUCUAGUGCCUAACAACAUUCUGACACCGCAAGAAGGAAAAGCUUCCUCUAAAAAAUCUGAGAGCCUCACUAAAGCUUUAAAGUUUGAAAAAGCUAAUUGUUCUUCUGAGAGCCAAUACUUGGCCCUUUCUGAAGAAAGGAUGAGUGGGAAAGAUCUUGCCAAGUCCACUGAGAAUUCUUCGAGUUCUGAAGACUUGUCAAAAAUUGUGUCAAGAGGCAGUCAAGGAACACACAAUAAAAUAUCAAGGAACACAGUUCAGUCUUUCUCAAAGGUAACGUGUAAUAACUCACUUCAAGACAAAACUCUGAGGAGCUCUCCAAAGAAUGAGGUUUUGCAUCCUGAUAACAGGAAAGGCUCUGGUGAACCCCAGCAAGACUUACUGCUCAGUAAGAGUUUAGAAACUACAUUUAAAAACAUCUUGGAACUUAAAAAAGCUGGGAGGCAGCCACAAAAUGAGGCGGCAAGUAGUGGCUCGGUUGAAUUAGAGUUCCCUAAUUUUUCACCUAUCGCUUCACAAGAGAACUGCCUGGAAAAAUUUAUUCCAGACCACAGUGAAAGUGUUGUAGAAACUGACUCUAUUUUAGAAGCAGCUGUAAAUAGUAUCUUAGAGUGUUAAUAGUUACAGUACCAUGGACAAGUUAUGUUUCUCUUAGCAGAAGCAAAUGUGAAUGACACCACAAGUACAGCCUGACAUGCAUUUAAGAUUAACCUUUCUAAACUAGAUUCUGUUCUGUGUUUGAGAGCAAUACUCAUUGUGGUUACAGUGAGAUAUCCAAGUAAAGUUAAUCCUUGUUAGAAUGCAGUCUGUUAGGGCCUUACUGUUUCAAGUAUUAUGAUAGUGCUUUUGAUAAUUGAGCAGUACUGCAAUGUAACAGAGUUGCAGGUUGUUAGGCCCUAUGUAAUACGGUAUAAUAUACUGACAAUCACAGUCAUUUGAAAGGAUAUAUUUAUUGAGAAAAUGUUUUUAAAGAGUGAUGGAAGCAACAAUUCUCCCCUACCCUUCUCUUCCACAAAUCGUCAAAAUUUUAGUUUUUCUGGAAAACCCACUGUACCUCUAUUCAGAAGUGAUUAUUUGCUUUGUUAGGAUUCUUAAGUUGGAAGGAAAUCAUCAGUGUGUUUACAAGGCUUCAUAAUUUAAACUUUAAGUGCUUUUCUAUUGCUUUCUGAGCAGAAACUAGUACUUGAUAUAUUUGUAGUGGGUAACUUUAGUCUGUGGGAUGAUAUUAUAUGAUCUUAGUCACAGUGGCAUGAUAUGAAGUAAUAAAUGCUUGACUAAGGAAGGUAGAAUGGAAGCCAGUAAAUAGCAAAGUGUACAGGAUGAGGCCAUGAUAGAGCCAUGAAUUUAUAUAUAUAAUACAUAUAUAUGUUAUCUCUUGAGGAAAAGAUUUUGCAUUUUAUAAUUGGAUGUAGUCAGCCUUGAGUCUUUCUGAAGUGGUA